UUUUUUUCGUCACCGAUCCAAAGCUCCGAUCAUUGGUUCCAGUCCAGAGGCGCAGCAGGCUGAACUCAGAGACAGACAACCUAGCUCUGUUGGUUGGUAGGUGACGAACUACUGUCCGAGUUCUCUGACUACGCAAAGUCUGCGAAGAUCAAAUGCGUCUGCCAGCUGGCCAUCAGAGAAUGACAGGCUUAAAGAACACCGAUUAAGUUGUCGGUGAUUUACAGCCUAGUUCCACGAGUUCUUCUGUGUUUGUUUUGAAGUGUGACCUGUUUUAUGUGGAAUAUAUUCAUAAAUGUCUGUUUCCAAACAUGUAAAAAGUGGUGAAAUUUUUCUUUAAUAGUCAUACUGAACUCAAUUAGUGAUAUUUUAGCUGAAAGUGGUCACCAAAGUGAAAUCUCCUCCGGGUACAUUGAACAGUAAACCGAAAGUAGUGCGUACAGUAUGUGGAAAGAAGGAUAAUUUGUUAUCCAUAUGUCUAAACACUUUGCAGCACGAGACUCAUUAAAUGUUUGUAAGAAUCAACAUGCAACAUUGAGUUGAACGUUAACGAUAUUGCACUGAACGAGAAAAAUUUACCAUCGAGGUUUCUUUCCGUUCCAGUUUCAAAAAUAUAAUAAAAGAUGGUCAAAUUCAGUUGCUUAGUCACGCUGCUAAUACUUAGCUUGGACAUGUCACACAGUUGGCGAUUCGAUCGACUGCCCAGACUGUAUGGAGACAGACUGCCAACGAAAGUGAUAUCACCGCGGGCGCGCAAAGUUCAACGGCGGAUCGUGGUGCUGCAUGAUUUUUUCCGCACGAAAGUGAUUCCACCGGCUUCCAAUAUGUUGAGCAUGAAGUGGCACAACGGGGCGGCACGAUCAGCACAAAAGUGGGCGGAUCAAUGUCGGCUACUUACACACGAUAGUCCAAAGGGGCGCUGGAUUGGUGAUUAUGGAGCUUGUGGACAAAACAUCUUUGUCUCAACCCACAAAGUACCCUGGUUGUUUGCACUUCGAACGUGGUUCUUGGAGCGACAGAACUUUACAUACGGAUCGCAUAAAAACGAUUUGAUAGCAGUGGGACACUACACGCAGAUGGUGUGGGCGGCCACCCAUAAAGUUGGAUGUGGACUGUCGAAAUGUGCCGGCGGAGGUCCACGAGGCAAACCAUAUUUCAACUAUGUGUGUAAUUAUUGUCCGAUCGGGAAUCAUGAAGAUAAGUUAGGUAUACCUUACAAACGAGGUAAACCGUGCCAUGCUUGCUCUCAGCAUUGUCACUCCAGAAAGAUCAAAUUGUGUACCAACACAUGCAGCUCGGCGGACCUAUGGGCAAACUGUCGAGAACUGUACAAAACGUGGCCCGGUUGGCUGUGCAACACGGUUACACCGGAGGGCCUGGAGCGACAGAGGAACUGUAUGGCUACCUGCACCUGCCAGGGAAUGAUUCAUGAUUGAUUGAAAAGCUAUCGAUUUCAUGGAAGUAGCUUCAUUCUGUACCGUGCCAUAGGUGUAGAGUUGAUUGGAUUACAAUUAUUUUGGAGCGUAAUAUUUCCAAUGUAUAGCAGUACGUCGUAUUGAUUCAAAGUCCUGACGAUAGAAAUAAUAAAUCUCACUUGAAAAACCAUUCAGCAGUUUGCUGCAGACAUAGCAGAAAGACGCUCUAUAGGGGAGACCGGGGCUAGUUGGCGGUUUUUCAGUUUCAAUUUUUUACCAUUUUGAGUUAGGUAGGUCGUGUAAAAUAGAACG